CGGGGGAGAGUCUAUCAUCAGAGGGCAGCAGCCCAUUGUUACCGCCCCGCCUAGGUCUGCCCGAGAGCAACAUGGGACACAGGGCCGGGGCUGCCUGGGAGAUGGAGGACACCAAGCCCUGCAUGGAGGCUCUGGAGCAUUGCGGCUUUCCAGGCCUCUACCUGUCCUGCUUCGACAUGCUCUUUACCGAGGACUCCGCCUGGCUGGUGAAGGUGUCCGAGGCCUCCCCGGGUCUGGCCUGCGCCAUGCCUGUCCCUGUACCCAGGAUGGCACACGGGGAGGAGCCAGAGCAGUGCCCCGUCAUCGACAGCCAGGCCCUGGGGCUCUCCCCGGGGCUAGAGGGCCAGGAGGAGGAGCGCUCCCUGGAACAAGUCCAGAGCAUGGUGGUCGGAGAGGUUCUGAAGGACAUCGAGACGGCCUGCAAGCUGCUCAACAUCACCCCAGACCCCAUGGAGUGGAACUCGGGGAACGUUCAGAAGUGGUUGCUGUGGACAGAGCAUCUGUACAGACUGCCUCAGGCUGGAAAGACCUUCCAGGAGCAGACUGGGAAAGACCUGUGUGCCAUGAGUGAAGAGGACUUCAGGCAGAGGGUCCCUCAGUGUGGAGACACUCUGCACGCCCACCUGGACAUCUGGAAGUCAGCUGCCUGGAUGAAAGAGAGGUGUUCAGUUGGAGACAGCAAAAUCACAGGCGGAGAAGAGCUGUGGUUGGAGGCAGACUCGUCGUGCUCAGGCCAGCCCAUCCACCUGUGGCAGUUCCUCAGAGAGCUGCUCUUCAAGCCCCACAACUACGGACGCUGCAUCCGCUGGCUCAACAAGGAGAAAGGUAUUUUCAAAAUCGAGGACUCUGCUCAUGUGGCGAGACUCUGGGGACGGAGGAAGAACCGUCCAGCGAUGAACUAUGACAAGCUGAGCCGCUCCAUACGGCAGUAUUACAAGAAGGGCAUCAUCCGCAAGCCUGACGUCUCCCAGAGACUGGUCUACCAGUUUGUCCACCCAGUAUAAGGGGAAGGGGGAGGACAAAGGCCUACAAAGAAAGGGCCACACGAUCACACCUUGGUCUUGAACAUUACACAACUGAGCUGAAAAGGGGUACAACACAUGCACUGGCCAACCCCUGUCAGUACACAUACCCUUUGCCAGUACUGAAGUGUCAGCUGCCAAAGCUGGCAAAUUAAGAUUUUAUUUUUUUAACGCAGAGAAGAAAUUUGAGACAAACAUUUUAAGUGAUCUUUCUCUGGACUGCCCCCCCACCCCUGCCAUCUGAACUGCCUUUUUAAUUUGCAUGAUCUGCCUGUCCUUGUUUUCCUAUUGUGUCAUUUAACCAAUAAUCAGUAUCUUAAAACAACACUGUAGAAUGAAGAACAGUUUGUUGUUUGUUAAUUUAUCCGAUCUGGUCCCCGUCCUUAGUCUGGGAAUGUAUUUAGGAGUUUUGCUUCAGUAGCGUUCAGUUCUGGCAGUUAUCCAGAGGAGCAAACAGCUCCCUCUUUUUUUAUUAAAUCACAUGGCACACUUCGGAAUUCUCCCGAAAGGCAUUUACAAUAGAGAA